AUUAAGAAUUGCCUCAUCUUUCCACAGGAUAAAUAGCAUAGCUCAAGAAUUAGUGGAACAGCAUCCCUCAGUGCUUCCAGCCAGGAUGCCCCCUCAAUCAGGAGCCAAUGGGGGGAGGCCAGAGACUGAGCCAGGGGUCCCACGGCUCUUCACAUGGGAGGAGGUGGGGCUCCGCACAGGCAAUGGAGACUUGAAGGAAGAGAGAUGGCUGGUAAUCAACCGAAAAGUCUAUGAUGUCAGUCAGUUCUAUUUGCAGCAUCCAGGUGGGCCUCAUCUCAUCAGACACUAUUCUGGACAAGAUGCCACGGCUGCCUUUAUAGUUUUCCACAAGGAUGAGGAUCUGAUAAAGAAAUAUUUGAAUUCCCUGUUAAUUGGAGAGCUAACACCGGAUCAACCUAGCUGUAAGCCCACCGAAAAUGAAAUGCUGGUACAUGAUUUUCAUGAAUUACGCACGAAAGUGGAGAAGAUGGGACUCUUGAAGUCCAGUGUUCCUUUUUUUGCUGUCAUCUUUCUGCAUGCGUUCCUGCUGGAUAUGGCAUCCUGGUUCACUAUCUGGUACUUUGGAAAAACUUGGGUGCCUUUCCUUAUUGGAGUAACACUAUUCACUGUUUCACAGGUCCAAUAUGGUUUUUUUCAGCAUGAUCUUGGGCAUAUUUCAGUCUUCCAGAAGCCUAAAUGGAACAGACUGGCUCACACUUUUGUGAUGGGAUUUCUUAAGGGUGGGCCAAAGUCUUGGUGGAAUGACAUGCAUAACCAGCAUCAUGCCAAGCCCAACUGUUUCCAGAAGGAUCCUGAUCUCAGUAUGCACCCAUUUGUCUUCAGCUUAGGGAAGUCCCUCUCUGUGGAGCUUGGAAAAAAGAAAAAGAAAUACAUGCCUUACCAGCACCAGCACAAAUAUUUUAGCUUACUGGCACCCUUAACAUUCAUUACUUUUGUGCAGUUACUCGUACUUCGCUAUGUUGUUCAGAAGAAACUGUGGAGUGAACUUAUUAUUAUUUUAUUCUACAAUUUCCGUAUGUGUCUCAUGUACGUUCCUUUAAUGGGAUUCAAGACCUUCAUGGCAUACUACUGGCUCGCCAGGUUCCUAGAAAGCGCAUGGUUUAUUUGGGUCUCUCAAGUGAAUCACAUUCCAAUGAACAUCAGUUAUGAUCAGAAUUUGGACUGGGUCUCUUGCCAGCUCACAGGAACAUGCAAUGUUGAUCAUUCCUGGUUCAAUGACUGGUUCACUGGGCAUCUGAACUUCCAGAUUGAGCAUCACCUUUUCCCCACCAUGCCUCGACACAAUUAUUACAAGGUGGCUCCUCUGGUGAAAUCUCUUUGUGCCAAGCAUGGUGUUCACUAUGUGUGCAAGCCCAUCCUCACAGCUUUUGCAGAUGUAUUGCACAGCUUGAAGGAAUAUGGGCAGGACUGGCAGGAAGCUUAUCUCCAUGAAUGAGGACUGGGAGAUGCUCAGACAGCAACAGAAGUACAUAAACUUGUGGUUCAUUGAGUUCUCAUGACUGCCUGCCCUUAUUCAUUUGAAGAAGUAAAGGCUGGUGGGGACCUUCCUCCAGGAGCUUUUCCAUUAGAUGUAAAGUCAGGACCAUCUUUUUCCUGUGAUGCUACCAGAAAUGGGAUCCCUUUCUCUUUCUCCCCCUCGGUUUCCAAACCAAAACUUCUGUUUUCUUACAAUUUUGGGAAACCAUUUGACAAUUCCUAUUGAUACUUGAACAUGUACUUCUACUAUUUAUGUGAAAUAUUAGACAUUGUUUUAUUCUGGUUUAUAGAGCUUUUUGAAAAUUGUCUGAGGUGGGAAAACAGAGAUAAGUAUAUAUAAAAAGCUGAGGUGAAAUUUGAACUUCUGAUUUUGACUUUCUCUUGGGAUAAUGAAGAAGCAGGGGCAGAACCAGAGACACUUUGGAUAGGUGAUGGGUAGUAUAAAUAAGUAAAUAAAUAAUAAAAAUAAAUAAAAUGGUGGCUCAGCCAUUUCUUUAAGCCAGCAUGCCUAAUUCUACCUUACUCCAUUUCCUAAGAUGAACAACAGAGCUGCUUCCUUUGGGGGAUAUUCAUCCUGUUAUUCUAAAUCUUAAUCAUAGUGGAGGACAUGAAAUCUCCCAGGUGAGGUCUUGCUGAGACUCAAAAUCCAUCUUAGAGAGCAUGGUGGCUGGCAGGGGCAUACAAAACGAAUGGUGUUAGUGUGAAAACAGUAAAGACGAUGCUCAUGAUCACAGGCUUCAGUGCAGGCACUGCUACCAUCCUGCCUUUCUUAAUCUCACCCUCCCUUACAGUCACCCCUGCUGACAAGGACUGUGGAGAGUUGUAAUUCAACAAUGGGGAGGGAGGGUAUGGUCUUCUCAGCUUAAUCUCCAGUUAACUUCUCAAUCAUCCUUUUGUUCUGAGGGGAGGCAUUGGAAGGAAGUACAGCAAAUUGUCUUUCUUAUUGACUUCCAGAGCUUUUCUCAUCAUUACCACACAAAUUUCUUCUCUUCCAGCAUAAUUUGUGCUGUUCCAACAGAUGAGCCUUUUCUGCUGAGAAAUGAAGCCUGCAAGUGAUUGAAUGCAGACAAAUUGCAUAAAAUUGUUGGAGUUUGCUGGUUUUAUUCCUUUUUGUACCAACUAUCCCUAUCUGGUCAUCAGACAUGGACAAAUCCUUUUCCUUAAGGUGGUCUGGAAUUGAAGAGGAGGAAACAUACAAAGAAAGCAGUUUUGACUGGCUUGUAUGAGGAGGAUGGGUUUUUCAGAACUGUCUGUGUUUUUCAGGGUUUGUUCCUUCCUCUCCAGAAUAAUCCCCAAUCUUUCCUAUUCCAAGAAAUUUGCACAUAUGGACCCAAUGCCUCCUUCUCUAUAUUGUCCUCUUUAUACUAACACAGUCCAUUUCUCCACACCUAACUCUAAUGAAUGAAAGAAAACCAAGACACUCUUAAGACAACUUAAUUAUUUCUGAGACUAUUACUUUCCAUUCUUCCUGUUCUGUAUCAAACCUUUGUGCAGGUAUAAUGGGUGGUCAAUGCAGAAAGGUUUUGUAUUAGGGCUUGCAUCAAUCUGUGGCUGCUCUGGUGACUGAAACGUUCUGUGAGCCUUUUGCCCAUAAAGAUUCUAUUGUAAGAUGGUCAGGAUGUGCUCCUAAAAUCUGGAUCAUUGCCUUGAAACUUGUCCUGGGAAAAGUGAUCAUCUGUUUUCAUUUCCAAAAUCGUAAGAAACCAUUUCAUAUCAAUUUCCCUUUGUUCCAGAACCCUUCAAUUACUAAAAUGUUUAUUAGAUGGUAUUUCUUAUAAAUCCCACCUUGUCCUGCUUUCUGCUUUAGUGAAAUUGUGUAAAGCUCUCUUAAUCCUUCAUUCUGGGUCCUGGCAUUUUGCUGGCUGGGACCCCUUUUACUGAAGUGCUUCAAUAAAAAGAAACAAAACCUGCACCUUGUGUCUGGUGUUCUUCAUCGGCUUGUGUUGUUUAGGGACAACACAAAGCACAUUUAUAUUACUCUAUAGAGACAAAUAUAUGCACUGUGGGGUGAGUGAAGAUAAUUGCUAAGUUGAAACAUGUGAUGUUAAGUUG